CCCGCGGCGGAGGGAGAGCGGCGGGCCGGGCUCGGCCGGCGAGCGCCCCGAGCGGAGCUGACCCGGGACGGACACAGCUGCUGCCAUGGUGAACGAGAAGCACGCUGGCACCCUGCUGGUGCAGCUGGGGCCCAAGCUGCAGGCCCACCCAGAGCAGCUGCUGCGGCGGCGGCGAGGCCACGACGAGCGGCCAGAAUACCUGGUGCGGUGGAGCGUCGUUAGCUCGGAAGAGAGAGCGGCGGGAGGCAGCGGUGCCUCCUCUGGAGACACCAAGGCGGAGAACAUCUCCCUGUGGAUGUCUGCAGAAGAGGUCUGUGCCAGCUGCCCGGCGCUGCUGGCCCAGACGAGGCCGUUGGCCGCGGACAAAGUCCCGCCGGACAAAGCGCCGCUGGACGAAGCCUCGCUGCUGGAGAUGAAGGCCGAUGUCAGGAGCCUGGUGCAGCGAGCCGGGCGCCAGGUGGCCGAGGCCGGGAGCCCCGAGUGCUCCAUCCUGAGCACGGUGCACGUGCUGGGCGCCUACGCCAGCAUCGGCUCCCUGGCGGGCGCCUUCAGGGAGGCGGGAGCCCUGGAGCUGCUGACGGCCAUGCUGUGCCACAGGGAGCGGCGGAUCCGCCGCGGCGCCGGCGAGAUGCUGCGAGCUCUGGGGGCUCACGAUGCAGGAAUCUGGGCCCACGUCCUGCUGUCCCUGAGCCAGCAGGAUGGCAUUGAGCAGCACAUGGACUUUGACAGUCGCUGCACCUUGCUGGAGCUGUUUGCUGAGAUCACAUCCUCUGCAGAGCCCUGCAUGUCCUUCGAGGGGAUUCACCUCCCGCAGAUCCCUGGGAAGCAGCUGUUUGUCCUGGUGAAGCACUACCUGUGUGUGACUUCUCUCCUGGACAAGCUGAGCAGCGGCAUGGAGCAGGGAGAGGAGCAACAGGGCUGUGCUGUGCCCAGCCCCGUCCCUGAGCAGAGGAGCCGUGUGAAGCAGGAGUUUGAGUUCAGCAUGGCCAUGGCCAACCUCAUCUCGGAGCUGGUGCACGCCAUGGGCUGGAGCCACAGGCACAAGCGGGACCUGCAGCCUCGCCCUGCCCGCUCCAUCUUCCAGCACAAGCCCCCGGCCAGCACUGCUGCCCAAGCAGCCCCCGCAUGCCCAGCAAAGGAGCCCGUGGCCUUCAGGACGCGCUCGGCGUUCCCGAGCCGCAGCAGCUACGUGGAGUACGUGCAGGCCACGCUGGUGAGCGGCAUGCGGGUGCGCAUGCUCGAGGACUACGAGCAGGUCAGCGCCGGCGACGAGGGCGACUUCCGCCGCAGCAACGACGGCGUGCCCCCGGUGCAGGUGUACUGGCAAGCUCUGGGCUGUACCUACUGGGUUCACUGGCACAUGGUUGAGAUAAUUGGCCCUUCAGAACAAAAGGAGUUGGAGGGCCAGGAGAAGGUGAACAUCCUGACACGAAACCACAGACUGAGAGCAGUUCCACAGCCAUUCCUGUGCAAGCCCUUGGGGGGGCUGUACUCCCUGCCUUACCUGGGGCAGCGGCUGCCCAAGGCUGCAGACACCCUGAGCCGUGCCGAGUGGUGGGAGCUGCUCUUCUUUGUGAGGAAGCUGGAAGCACAGGAGCAGAAAGAGAUCACCUGCCUCAUCCAGCAGCACCUGGGAGAGCAGGUAGGGACCAGUGCCUGCAGCAGGGAAAUGGGAGGGAGGAGCAAAGGGAAGAUGAGGGAAGGGAGCAGGCCCAGAGGAGAUGGCAAGUGUGAGCUGUGCAGGGCCAGCGUGAGCGGGGCAGAAAUGGGAGGGUGAGUGGGGAUGGGGAGAGCUUGGAGAGCUUGGCCCAGCAGAGCAGUGAUGGAGAUGAGAGGACAGGCAGUGUCCCCUGACUGCAGAGUGACUGUCCAGCAAGGUUUGGGCAGGCGAGGCGAGGCCGUGGGGUGACUCUGCCAGUUGCAGUUGGGU